ACGGCUGUUCGCACGGGGCGGGCCGCAGCGCGGCCGGAGGCGAGAGGCGGCCGAGCUGUGGCCGUGCUUCCCCGUGCCCGGUGCCGCCCGAGGCCGCACCGCCGCUCCCUUCGCGCCCGCGCCUCACCCGGGGGACAGCGCGUCCCGGCCGGGCCGUGUGCGGUGGCGGGGGAUCUGUGUCACCGCGGCCCCGGCCUCCGCCGCGUCUCAGCGCUCUCCCAGCACAAAGCCCGCGUGCUGUGGAGCAGCUGAACGGUGACGCCAGCCCCAGCGCAGAGCCCCCUGCAUCCCCUUGCCUGUCCCCAGGUCCUGCCCCUCUGGGGCAUCCUGCUGCCCGCUGGACGUGCUUCAUGCCGUCCACUGCCCAGAGAGGUACCCGUGUCCCCUGGGUGCCUCUGUGCUCGGGGCUGCUGCUCCUCCAGUGAACUCCACAGCCCCUCCACACAGCUGUAUGGUCCUGCUCUGGCAUCAGGGAGGCAGCACGGGCAGACCCCAGGUGCCCCUCAGGCAAGCUCAUGUCCAGGCCACCUGCCAGGGCCUCGCCUGCCCCAGGAGGGACCGGGGUGUGGGCAGGGAUGCCCACGGCCAGGAGUCACUGGACAGUGCCCACUGAGCACCCAGGGGUGGCUGCCUGGAGGGAGCAGGGAGCAGAUGGCAGGGCGGGCCGAGCUGACAAUCCCCUAAUCCCAUCAACGCUGCGGGGGCUGAGCAGAGCCGAGCUGGGCCAUGGCGGGCACAGCGGCACGGGGGCACCUCCUGCACCCGCUGCUAUUCCAGGUGGGACUCGGGGUCUGGCGGGGCUGGGAGCAGGGCUGGGUGGGUAGGGUGUGCUGGGCCAGGCUGGGAGCGGCGCUGGCCCCUGGGAUCCCCACUGACCGUGCCCCUCCCCAGCUCUGCUGCGGCUGUCACGGGCUCCGCGUGUCCACGAGCACGCGUGUCCUCUACACGCUCCUGCAUGUCCUGGCCUCGGCUGUGUGCUGCCUCAUGCUGUCCCGCACUGUGGCCCAGGCUAUCGCAGAGAAGGUGCCCUUCUCAGUGGUGCUGUGCCAACACCUGCCCGGGGGCACAGACUGCGAGCAGCUGGUGGGCUCCUCAGCCGUGUACCGGGUCUGUUUUGGCACUGCCUGCUUCCACCUGGCACAGGCUGCCCUGCUGCUCAACGUGCGCUCCAGCUCUGACUGCCGUGCGCAGCUCCACAAUGGGUUCUGGCUGCUGAAGCUGCUGGUGCUGGUGGGCCUCUGGGCCAUAAGCUUCUUCAUUCCUGAGGACAACUUCAUCCAAGGUGUGUUCCCCACACUAUCUGAGCUGGCACCCGGGCACCCCUCUUGGCCCCCACUUGCCCUGUGCCAUCUUUACCUCUGCCCUCUUCCCCCAGCCUGGCACUACACAGGUGUCUUUGGGGGCUUUGCCUUCAUCCUCAUCCAGCUGGUGCUGAUCACAGCCUUUGCACACACCUGGAACAAGAACUGGCUGACAGGUGCUGCACAGGACAAGCGCUGGUAUCUGGCCGUGCUGCUGGCCACGGCCACCUUCUACACCCUUGCCUCUGCCGCCUUCUCCUUCCUCUACAAGUUCUACACCCACCCAGCUGCCUGCCACCUCAACAAAGCACUGCUUGCCAUCAAUGGCAGCCUCUGUGGCAUCAUGUCCUUCAUCUCCAUCACACCGUGUGUGCGGCUCAAGCAGCCGCGGUCAGGGCUGCUGCAGUCCUCAAUCAUCAGCUGCUAUGUGAUGUACCUCACCUUCUCCGCACUGUCCAGCCGCCCCCCAGAGAGAGUGCUGUACCAGGGGCAGAACCUCACUGUCUGCUUCCCGGGGCUCCGGCAGGAUGAGCUGCAGACAGAGGACACCACCGUGGCCGUGCUGGGCGCUGCUAUCAUGUAUGCCUGCGUGCUCUUCGCAUGCAAUGAAGCUUCGUACCUCGCCGAGGUCUUUGGACCCCUCUGGAUGGUCAAAGUCUACAGCUUUGAGUUUAAAGUGAGUAUGGGUGCAGCUGGGCUCCACAUCCUCCUGCUAUGGGCACCCCAGACCCACCACCUCAAGGCCCUGUCCCAGUCCCAGAGAGGGACAGGUGUUUCUAGCCAAGCACAGAGGGCUGCCCACACCACCUGCCCUGGCAUCAGGCAGGGCUCAGUCUGGCCAAGGCGGCCACGGGGCUGGGUAGUCACCACUCUGCUCUCCCUGCAGAAACCUUCCUGUUGUUUCUGCUGCCCUGAGAAGAUGGAAGAGGAGCUGCGAGGCACUGACCAGACAUGUGAGCAAGUAGAGGAGAGUGCCAGGGGACAAUUCAUCAUCCAGGAUGAGCAGGACCGGGUGGUCUACAGCUACUCAGCUUUCCACUUUGUCUUCUUCCUUGCCUCACUCUAUGUUAUGAUGACACUCACCAACUGGUUCAGCUAUGAGAAUGCAGUGCUGGAGACCACCUUCACGCAUGGCAGCUGGUCAACCUUCUGGGUGAAGGUGUCCUCGUGCUGGGCUUGUGUCCUGCUCUACCUGUGGCUGCUGCUGAGCCCCUUCUGCCUCCACGGCUCCCCACAGCACCGGCGCAGCAGUACAGGGCCACGCAUCGUGCGGCGCCGACGUGCUCCACAGCGCAUCAACGUCUCCAUGUAGUCCCUGCCAGGACAAACUGCGCCCAGGGCUGGUCCCUGCUGUGCCCCGUGCCUGUGCCCUAGCCCUGCUUGGUCCUCCUGGCCUCCCCUGACCCCCUGUCCCAGGAGACAGGAGCACCUGAGAGCCUGAGGGGAACAUGGGAGGCAGAUGCUCCCAGGGAUACUGGCCCUGUGCUGAGCCAGGGCCACCCAAAACGCCAGAGCCAGCUGGUGGCAGGUCAGCCCGCAGCCUGGUUGCUCUGGCCUCACUGAGUGCACUGGGAGAGCAGGGCUCUGCCCUGGCUGCCACUGUCAUGGUGCAUUCACUGUAAAUACCUGCUUAAAUACAUUUUUAUAUAAACCUCUGAACUGAGCCUGUGCCAUUUCCCUGCGCAGCUGCUGCCAUGGGGAUGGAGGGAGGGGGUGCCAGCCCUGUGGAACACCCUGAGCCAGCAGCACUGCUGCAAGUCCCCACAGAGCCUGGCCCGGGUGGGGGGCUCUGCCAGACCCCGGUGCUGCAGACAGUGCAGGCUGUCCUCUGGGGAAACAAUGUCUUGCUCGUGCCUGCUGCAAGCACAGGCCACUGGGCAGCCUGCCACAGCCACUGGCACGGUCCUGUGGGCCAGCGCCUGAGAGCCCCAUGCCACCCUCCUGUCCUGCAGUCGAGCAGGCACAGCCGUUGAUGCCGGUGGGGCACAAGACGGACCUGCGGCCUGGCGUGGCCGAGGGGGCCCACACAGACCAGAGGCAGCUGGCCAUGGUGAGCAGCAGCUCCUCAGGGCCCCGGGGUAACCAGAGCCCCGCGGACACCCGCUGCCAGCCCCAGGCCCACGGCUGCCCGUUCUGCGAGACCAGCGCGGUGGAAGGCGGCGCUGCAUCUGGCUCGGUGAGGAACCCAGGCUGUCGCCGUGCUGCCGGAUCAGGCUGACGCCGCUGUUGUUGCCCUGCAGGGAGGUGGAAAGGGCGAUCGGCGCCGGCCUCGGCCCCGGGCUGGACGCCGCGGCCCCGCAGACGGCUGGGCGCUGCCGCCGGCCCGGAGCCUGGGGCG